AUGCAUUUGAGAAUUGAAAGAUUAGCAUUGAAUGAUACUUGGGAGGAAGAUCUAUCUGACGAGAUAACUGAAGAGAAGGAGGGGCUGGAAAAUGUAGAUCUGUAUUGCGACCAGGUACGGUUCCCACAGUUUGAUGAGUCAUUAGAAACUGAUUCACACAAUGGUAUAAGAAUAGAACAAGAAGGAGGAAUACGAAGGGUCGUCGCGACUAAGAACUACAAACUUGGGGAACCUCUCGCGGUCGAAUCAGACCCCAUAUGUUGGAUACCACCGCUGGAUAAGCUUACGCUCGCCUUAAGAGGUAAAUGCUGCGCAUGUUGUGGCAAAUCUCUUUCUGGUAGUAACAUUAGUCCCCAUUUUAUCAUGACCCAUGGACUUGAUUGUUCCGAUUGUGAUGUAAUAUGGUGUAGCAAACGAUGUAAGACUAAAGACCAGCGGGUACAUACUGCUUUGCACCAUGGCAAGCAUAAACUUGGCGCUCAGUUACAUUACAAAGAGUGGUUGGCAUUUGAAAGUUAUUGUCAUGAUAAUGAUAUGGUAGCGGCGCACUCUGUGGCAGUGAUUCUAGCUGUUAUCCUUGUGAAUAAUGAUUCUCGAUUACAGAGACAAUGGGAUUCUCUAGCAACAGUUUCUCAGAAGGUGAGAUUACAACCGGGAGAAAUAGAAAAAGGGUCUCAUUGUUUUGAGUUAUUGCAGGCCGUUUUCCCGGAAUCUGAACUGGUGCCAGAUUUUGAAAGUUUCAUGGAACUUGCUGGUAGAUUUGAUAUCAACCAAACUUCUCAACAGUUAUAUUUUAUUGCAUCGUUCUUGAAUCACAGUUGUGAACCAAACGCGCAUUUUGAGGUCAACGAGAAGAAUGAAUGGAGAUUAUUUGCUAGGGCUAGUAUUUCCCCAGGAGAUGAGCUAUUUAUUACUUAUAUCAAUCCAUUGCAUAAUGUAUAUCUAAGACAGCGAGAACUACGACAAAAAUAUGGAUUCAACUGUGAAUGCCAUCGUUGUAAAUUUGAACUAUCUCAAACAACAGAAACACCAACAAUACUUCAUCCAAUGGAGCCAUCGUCCAUGUCACCACCAGCUUCCUCAAGACGAAAAUCAUCAAUGAGAAGCAAGAGACCAGAUUUGACACAAUUGUUAAAAAACGGUCAGGAAUUCGAUCUUGAUAUUCCAGAGAACCCAGGUUUCCCCAGUAGACGUCGUACAUCUGUUAGGUUCGAUGGAACUGUUUCGAUGGCAGUCGAGGAGGAGUAA